AUCGUUGUAGACAUUGAAAUUCCAAGAGGAAUGUCACAUAAAAGGAUGAUAGUAAGUCUUGGUGAUAUUGAUCUUUGUUAUGGUCGAUAUGAUACUCGAGAUCACUCAUUAUUCAGGACAUUGGACACAAUACAUAAGCAAGAUUUUUAUCAGCCUAGCUUUACAGGAUCUUCAAUCGUGAAAGGUGGUCCAAGAGAGCCUUGGCAUGACAUUCAUUGUAGGCUAGAAGGGCCUGUUGUGUGGGAUGUCUUGUAUAUUUUUGAGCAAAGGUGGAGGAAGCAUAUUGGAAAUAAAUUUAUCUACUCAAUGAAUGAGCUUGAUAAAUUUAUUAUUCGUCCAACGGAAGUUACAACAUCAAGGGAUAGAGAAACCUAGAAUGUUCAAAUAUUUCGGUCUAUUGAUGGUGGCAUUGUUACUGACUUCCUUGUAAACCCCGAAGAAGCUUCUGAGGUAGGCCUUGUUACUAGAUAAAGCGUCGUCAUUGAUCAAAGUAUCCACGAUGCAUACAUUAGUGCCAUUCGUCGAGCUAAGAAUUUCAUUUACAUUGAAAACCAAUACUUUAUUGGAAGUUGCUAUGGUUGGAAGCCUGCAAAUGAUAUCAAGCUCGAGGACAUCGGAGCUUUGCAUCUUUAUCCCAAAGGAGAUCUCACUCAAGAUUGUGAGCAAGAUUCAAGCAGAGGAGAGAUUUACGGUCUACAUUGUUCUUCCGAUGUGGCCAGAAGGUAUACCAGAAAGUGAUUCUGUUCAGGCAAUUCUAGACUGGCAGAAAAAGACAAUGGAAAUGAUGUACACAGACAUAUGCAAUGCCAUUAAGACCAAGGGAAAUACUAUUGUUGAUCCUAGAGAGUACUUGACAUUCUUCUGUCUUGGAAACCGCGAAGUCAAAAAGCCUGGAGAAUACAAACCUCCUUAGAAACCAGUUCCUGAUACUAAUUAUGCAAGAGCUCAAGAAUAUAGACGCUUUAUAAUUUACGUUCAUUC